AUAGUUUAUGUUGACAAUAGUCAAUAGUGAUAAUUGUUUCGCUUUUGUCCUACAUGUGUAAUUUUUCCUUAUUUUAUUUAUUAAACAGACAAUAAAUGUAUUUAUUAAUUAAUAUUAUUAGUAUUCAUUAUAAAGUAGGUUUGUCAUAAGAAAAAACAUAUAAAAUUACAACAAGUAACAUAGUUAUCCUACGUCGGCAAAAAUCAUGCUUUCAUAGUAAUCGAAAUAAUAUUAUUAUUCUAAUAAGCUAGUGUUAAUGUAUGCCAGCAAAAUUAUGGAAUUCAUACCUGCGUUGUGUAAUUUCUGCAUGUACGGAGCCUUAGUUGCGGUUACCGGAUUUGUUGGAGUAGUUAUACUUCUAUUAAAAUUCACAAAACCAUAUCCUAUUGUUGAGCGGUUCAAGGAAGAAGAGACCUAUAAAGAUCCCAAAACUAAAUCCAAAAAUAAUUUUCCUGAUCUUAACGACCCUUUUAAAGUACAUUUAAGUAUAAUUGUUCCUGCGUACAAUGAAGAAGAAAGAUUACCACCCAUGCUUGAUGAAGCUUUUGAGUUUUUAGAAAAUAGAAUUGAAAGUCAACCUGGGUAUACAUAUGAAAUAGUAGUUGUAAGUGAUGGAAGUAAAGACAAGACUGUUAGUGUUGCUGAAAAAUAUGUUGAAAAAUAUGGCUGUGAAAAAAUAAGAUGCUUAGAACUUGUCAAAAAUAGAGGAAAAGGUGGUGCAGUGAAAUUGGGAAUAUUUAGCUGUAGAGGUGCUACAAUACUAUUUGCAGAUGCAGAUGGCGCUUCCAAAUUUGAAGAUUUAAAAAAACUUGAAGCUGCUCUUAAAGAGAUAACUAAGUAUGAUCCACUUACUCAACCAGAGGCCAUCAGCAAAAGCAAAACUAUUGUUAUUGGCUCAAGGGCGCAUUUAGAGAAAGAGUCUUUAGCUAAAAGAAAUAUAUUCCGGAAUAUCCUUAUGUACGGCUUCCAUUUCCUGGUGUGGUUAUUCACAGUCAAAGGUGUUAGAGACACUCAGUGUGGAUUCAAACUAUUUACAAGACAAGCAGCUAGAACUUGCUUUGAAAGUCUUCAUGUGAAUAGAUGGGCAUUUGAUGUAGAAUUACUCUACAUAGCACAAAAGUUGAACAUUCCAAUUGUUGAAAUACCAGUAAGAUGGACGGAAAUUGAAGGCUCCAAGAUAACACCAGUAUUGUCGUGGAUACAAAUGGGUCUUGACUUGGCUCUUAUAUGGCUUAAGUAUAAAAUUGGAGCUUGGAAGAUUAAGAGCGUAUAAUUUAAGCACAAUAUAUCAUAAUUGUGUAAGCUGUAUACAAUAUAUUUUAAUAAACUGUAUUGUUAAUGUUUUGU